UCGUCACCUUAUCAUAAUUCACAGACGCCACGACGAAAUGGGCGACGAAAUACCCGAAUCCGCCAUCAAGAUCGUCACUAAAGACGUAGAAGAAUUAGAAACAGCGACGAAAUCUUCCCGGCGACGGCCACCUUCCAUCUUGACAAAUCUUCACGCCGGCUAUUUCCGAAUCAGCCUCUCUUUGGGCGGCCAAGCAAUUCUAUGGAAAACCCUCACCGAUCAUUUCUACAAACCCACCACGAGUCUCCAUUAUCACAUCUAUCAUACUCUCACUUCAACCACGUUUAUGCUCCUGUGGUGCCUCACUCUCGGCACUCUCCUUUUGCUCUCAUUUCUCUACGCUUUGAGGUGCGUUUUCCAUUUCUCGUUGGUGAAAGCGGAGUUUUGUAACUAUGUUGGCGUCAAUUACUUCUUUGCUCCCUGGGUUUCAUGGCUGCUCUUGCUGCAAUCCUUCCCGUUUACAGUCUUGGGAAUAACAAGCUCUUACCAGGUAUUGUGGUGGGUGAUGGCGGUGCCGGUGGUGAUUCUUGACCUGAAAAUCUACGGGCAGUGGUUCACGACGGAGAAGCGGUUUCUGUCGAUGGUGGCAAACCCGACGACUCAGAUGUCGGUGUUCGGGAACUUGACCGGCGCGUGGGCGGCCAGUCAUAUGGGCUGGAAAGAGAGCGCUGUGUGCAUGUUUACUCUGGGCAUGUGUCACUACUUGGUGGUUUUCAUCACCCUUUACCAGCGCCUCUCCGGCGGCAACCGCCUUCCGGCCACUCUCCGGCCGGUGUUCUUCUUGUUCGUCGCCGCUCCGAGCAUGGGUAGCCUGGCUUGGAGCUCAAUUUCUGGGAAUUUUGACAUGCCUUCCAAAAUGCUCUUUUUUCUCUCCAUCUUUCUCUUCACAUCUUUGGUUUGCAGGCCAACAUUAUUCAAGAAGUCAAUGAGAAGAUUCAAUAUAGCAUGGUGGGCAUAUUCAUUUCCACUCACAUUCUUGGCGUUAGCUUCAACACACUAUGCUCGUCAAGUGAAAUCCAUGGCGGCCUCGACCUUGAUGCUUCUGCUCUCUGCGAUCUCCGUCAUCGUCUUCGUCUGCCUCUUGCUUUUCACAGUUCUCAAUGCUAAUAGGCUCUUGCGACAAAAUGAUUCCUGCCUACAUUUUUCUAAGUAGAAAUUAUCACUUUGUGUGUAACAAGUUAAAACUUUUUUGUUUCAACUUUUUUUUCUUACAAAUAAUAAAAAUUGUGUCGGGUUUAGUUAA